AUGUUUAUUUCCCCAAAGCCUCUCCAAUUCAGGAGUUUGGACUCAGUGCAGGACAUGAGAAACAUGUUUACCUCAAAUAAAGAGUGGAACAUUUCUUUUGCUGGUUGUGGUUUUUUGAGCGUCUAUUAUUUUGGAGUGUACGGCUGUCUUUUGGAACGUGCUCAUGACCUGGUUGACAGAACGACAAAGAUUUGCGGGGCUUCAUCUGGAGCACUGAUAGCAGUAAUGAUAGCAUGUCAGAUAUCACCAGAAAAGUGCUAUGAAAACCUAAUGAAACUAGCUAACGAGGCUCGGAAGGGCACACUGGGAUCUUUGCAUCCAUCCUUUAACUUGCUAAAGUUAACCAGGGACCUCCUGGAACGAGAGCUGCCCAAUAACGCUCACAUUCUGGCAAGUGGAAAACUGUGUGUGUCCCUGACACGCAUUUCAGAUGGGGAGAAUGUGCUGGUGUCUGAAUUUGACAGCAAGAGUGAUCUAAUCCAGGCUCUAAUAUGCAGCUGUUUUUUCCCUAUCUACUGCGGUGUGGUGCCACCAAGUUAUCAUGGUACACGCUAUGUGGACGGAGCUUUGAGUAAUAACCUACCUUAUUUCAGUGAGAAGAACACCAUCACCGUCUCCCCAUUUUCCGGUGAAAGUGAUAUCUGUCCGUAUGAUAACCCGUUUUACUUCCACGAAGUCCGACACAGCAAUGUUAGCAUCCAUGUCAACUUUGCUAAUGUGCAUCGUGUUAUCCAGGCCUUCUUCCCUCCAGAACCUGAGAUUAUGGCAGAGAUCUAUCAACAUGGAUACAAAGAUGCCUUAAUGUUUCUGAAACAAAAUGAUUAUUUAAAAAUGGACUCCCCCCUAACGCAUAACAACAAAUUGUGCUCAUUCAGUCAUCCUUAUAAUGCACACAACCUGGCAGUGGGGAACACUGAGCAAUUAGUGCCAGCGACAAGACAAAAUGGUCUACUAAAUAAACAUAAAGCUCACCUGCCUCCUCAGUUCAUUCAAAAAGUUUCGUAUAGUGAGAGUAAGAAGAAACAUGGAUGGAUAGGUGAACUAUUUGUAGUGAGGUUGAUCACUUCCCUACUGAUGGUGUGUGUUCUGCCUGUGGAGGUGGUCUACUUCAGGCUUCUGAGAGCUGCUGACUGGCUGCCAACAAUGCCUUCUGAUCUGCUGUGGCUGUGGGGACUGAUCAUGCAGAUGAUUGGACUGACUUGCAGGAGACUGUGGUCUAAAGGUUUGUACACACAAACUUAAAUUAACUGUAAAAUUUUACUAUUGGACAAUCUAAUAUGACUACUAAUUAAAAUGACCCAGAAUUUAUUUUCUCCUUUAGAAAAACAGCUCUGACGGUUAUAACUUCACAUCCACUGAUCCACAGUUACUGACACAUGAAAUAUUAGAAUAAAAUUUCCAUUAUAACACUUUCA